AUGGCGCGCCGUGCAAAGGUGGCCCAGCGCGAGACGCUGACUCCCGCCGUCCAGCACGAGUUUGGUCUGGAUCGGCCGUCGGUCACGCCAGCCAUCCGCCGCAAUUCGUCGGCGCCCUCGCUCAGCCGCCUCGACGACGGCCUGCCCAAAAUCGUGAUUGGCAUCUGCGCCAUGGACAAGAAGGCGCGGUCAAAGCAGAUGAACCACAUUGUGGAGCGGCUUCUGCGGUAUGGCGAGUUUGAUGUGGUGGUGUUUAGCGACAGCACCAUCCUCACCAAGCCCGUGGACGAGUGGCCGCUGUGCGACUGCCUCCUGUGCUGGCACUCGGACGGCUUUCCACUCAAGAAAGCGCAGCAGUACGCGGCGCUGCGCAAGCCCUACCUCGUGAACGACGUGAUGGCGCAGGACACGCUGCUGGACCGCCGCCGCGUGUACCGCACCCUGAUGGACAGCGGCAUUCCCGUGCCCCAGCACAUUAUUGUUGACCGAGAAAACCUGCCGCAAGGCCAGACGGACCCAGAGGGCUUCAUGGAGACGGAGGACUAUGUGGAGCUCAAGGGCGUGCGAAUUUGCAAGCCAUUCGUGGAGAAGCCAGCCUCUGGGGAGGACCACAAUGUGUACAUCUACUACCCGCACAGCAUGGGCGGCGGCGUGAAGCGCCUGUUCCGCAAAGUGGAUAAUCGCAGCGGCGAUUACGACCCCUCAGACCCGGGCAAUGUUAGGCGCAAGGGAUCCUUCAUCUAUGAGGAGUUUCUGACAACAGGCGGCACCGAUGUCAAAGUGUACACUGUGGGUCCCCGCUACGCGCAUGCCGAGGCGCGCAAGUCGCCGGUGGUGGACGGCAAGGUUGUGCGCACGGCAGACGGCAAGGAGCAGCGCUUCCCGGUGCUGCUGACCCCGCAGGAAAAGGAGAUUGCGCGCAUGGUGGUCCUGGCAUUUGGACAGCGGGUAUGCGGAUUUGACCUGCUGCGUUCUGAGCGGGGGCGCUCGUACGUGUGUGAUGUGAAUGGCUGGAGCUUUGUGAAAAACUCGCACAAGUACUACGAUGAUGCUGCCGGUAUCCUGCGCAUGGUCAUCUUGAGUGCCGUCCAGCCGCACCGUCUGCUGGCUGCGCCGCCGCAGCCACUGCCACAGCACGCGUGUGGGGAUGUGGUGUUGGAGACCGUGGAUGGCAGCCAGCACGGCAUGCACUACAACAUGUCAAUGGAUGACAUGCGGAGCCAGGUGGCGGGAGAGGAAGACAAGCCCGAGGGCGAGCUACGAUGCGUGCUUGCGGUGAUCCGCCACGGCGAUCGCACGCCCAAGCAGAAGAUGAAGAUGAAGGUCACACAGGAGCCCUUGCUCGCUCUUCUGCACAAGUACCUGGAUUCCAAGGGAAAGCAGGCCAAGCUCAAGAGCCCCAAUGAGCUGCAAGACCUGCUGGAUGCCACGCGGCUGCUGCUGGACGAGCUGGAAGCUAAACAGCGCGCAGCAGCAGAUGCCGUCAACGCCGGCGCGGUGCCUAGCCCGGAGCCCGACAGCGAUGAGCUGCGGGAGAAAUUCCGCAUCAUGAAGACGGUGCUGGAACAGGGCGGGCAGUUUGCAGGCAUCAACCGCAAAGUACAACUCAAACCUCUGCGCUGGUCGGCACCUGAGGAGCGCAGUGGGGAGCAGCCACGUUGCGUGGAGGCGCUGCUCAUCCUGAAGCACGGUGGCGUACUGACGCAUUCAGGACGGCAGCAGGCCGAGACGCUGGGCAACCUGUUCCGCAAUGUGAUGUAUCCUCCGUCUGCGGGUGGUGGCCUGCUGCGCUUGCACUCCACCUACCGUCACGACCUCAAGAUCUACUCCUCAGAUGAGGGCCGCGUGCAGACCAGCGCAGCUGCCUUCACGAAAGGGUUGCUGGACCUGGAGGGGUCCGCGCUGACGCCCAUCCUGGUCAGCUUAGUGAAGAAGGACGCGGGCAUGCUGGAUGCAUUUGGCAAGGGCGCCUCCGCCGACAUCCAGCUGGCCAAGCAGGAGCUGUAUGCGCAGAUGACCUGGGACCCCGCGACCAACACAUCCAUGUACACAGAGCCACAGCUCACUACCCCCAUGGUGUCGCCGCCCUUGUCUCCCAAGCUGGAUCCAAAAGCAAUGCAGGGUGCCAGCAACAUCCCUGGCAGGCCGCAUAUCUACCCCAUGCCUGACAACCCGCUGGGGCUGCUGCGCCAGCUGCAUGAGCUGCUAAAGCUUCUGGUUGAUCAGCUGCGACAGAAAUGCCUGGAGGAGCCGCGCAAUGAUGACCGCCCCCGCGGCUACUCGGCGCUCACCCAGGACCCCAGGGAGUGCGCGCACGAGGAGGGCAAGCCGUGCAGCGGGGAGAAGCUGCUGCUCGUGUUUGACCGCUGGCGCAAGCUGGCCAAAGCAUUUUACAACGAGAAGAAGAAUCAGUUUGACAUCUCCAAGGUGCCUGACAUCUACGAUGCCGCCAAGUACGACGCCAUCCACAACCAGAACCUGGGCCUCGACCUGCGUCCCGUCUACUCGACUGCGCGUGCCCUGGCAGCGGCGGUCAUCCCCAACGAGUAUGGCAUCCAUCCUGCUGGCAAGCUGCGCAUCGGCUCUAUGAUCUGCAGCCAGCUGCUGGGCAAGCUGCUGGCCGACCUGGCAUCGAUGCGGGAGGAGAGCAUGCAGACGGCUGGCUUGCAGCACGCCGAUAACUCCCUGCAGUAUGAUGCCAUGGCUGACUUGCGCAACCUGGCAGUCAACAGCAGCAGCAGGCCCUCGGGCGGCAGCGAGGCUGGCGGGGGGGAGGCGGAGGGCACUGCACGCUCUACUAGCCAGGAGGAAGUUGUGGGAACAGAACCAGAUGAUGGCGAUGACGAUGCGGUGCUGCACAGGCUGUGCCCCACAUACGCCCAGGACAUUAACUCGCCCUUCCGCCACGUCCGCACCCGCAUCUACUUCACCUCCGAGUCCCACAUGCACUCGCUGCUCAACGUGCUGCGGUUCUGCCAGCUGGGGCACGAGGGCGAGGCGCCGCUGCUGGGUGAGGAGGGGCAGCAGGUACUACACGAGUGCCGCGAGCUGGACUACAUGACGCACAUCGUGCUGCGCAUGUUUGAAAAUAUCACACUGCCGCUGGAUGAUCCCAAGCGCUUCAGGGUGGAGGUGCUGUUCAGCCCGGGCGCCGCGUAUGACCCCACCGAGGUGAUCCCGCCCAAGAAGGACCACGUGCUGCCGGUGGCGCCCCGCGUGCCACUGCACCCCGAUGGUGCCAACGGCGUGCCUUUAGCUAGGAUGGAAUCGAUGGUGAAGUCGUUCGCCAAACCGUUCAAGCGGCAGGGCGACCCGUACGCCCCUGGCCUGCGCUCUACCGUGCUUAGCACCCAGCAGAGCGAGGCAGCAGCGGCGGGGGUGGUGGCUGGCGAAGGAGAGCUGUACCAGCAGCUGACAUAGCACACUUAGCAGCUGACCUUUUGUGAGUGCGUCUGCACAUGUUUGUGAUGGAACACUCGGCUGGCCGCACGUGGCAUUUUGCAUGGCAGGAGCAGAUGGUCUAAUGAAACCGCUCCUUUUGAUUCACCUGUGAGCGGCUGCUCCACUGCUGUGCCCCCAGUAGGAGCCUGGGCCCUGGUUGUUCUGGGGUCCCCCCAUGACUGAUGUGCCAGUUGAGCCCUCCUGGCUACGGCUGUCGACUGUAAGUGAGCUUACAAGC